AAUAUAUCCAAUAGGUGUCACCGUCGAUUUCAGCAACUCGAAAAAGAAUGUAGAGUCUGCUGAAGUGCGAAUUAGCAAGUCGCCCACGCCAAUAAAAAACGGGGCAGGAAAGGCCUUACAACAGACGAUUUCUCCACCCAUGUAGGGACUGAACCCCACCGAAUGUAUCCACCUGAUGAGCUAUUGUGUUUUAUCAUAGAAAACUUUCUCUUGGAGAUACAUUUUCCUUGCAUGUGCGGUACAAGAAAUGGCUUGGGCUCAGGACCGAGCAUGAAGACAUUGUUUUUGAACCGGAAGAUAUGUUCCGUGUGUGUGGUGCAAGAGAAAGACAAGAAUACAACAAGGUUUAUAAUAACAUCAAGAUGGUCGUCGAACUUUCUGGAAAUCCAACAACCGAACAGACCGAACAGGUUUUCUCUUCCGAUGAAACCCGGGAACUCCGGCCUACCACUGACGAAAUCUUUCGGAAGUGUCCUCAGUUCCGAAUUCUGGUGAUAGGCAAGACCGGUGUUGGCAAGUCUUCGUUGAUCAACCACGCAUUUGGAGUACAAAACGCGACCGCUUCGCACGCACAGCCAGGCGAGGCCACCAUCGACCAGGAGUUCAUCUCACCGCAGAACGACAGGUUCAUUCUUCACGAUAGCAAAGGUUUUGAACCAGGGGAAAAAGACAACCUCAACAUUGUCCGAGAUUUCAUUGGCCGUCGGAAAGCAAUGCCUGAUUUGAAAGAUCAGCUGCACGCUGUUUGGCUUUGCUUUGAAAUACCCCGCGCAGGCGGGCGUUUACUAGAGACCGGCGUGGAACAAUUUCUUACAUCGAAACGCGAAGGAGAGCUAGGAGAAAUUCCCAUUGUUGUCGUUUUCACCAAAUACGACGCCCUCCUCGACCGCAUGGAAAGAACUUUGGACAAGUCCUUCACCAAGGAUUUGAGCAAGGAGGCCGUCCAGGAACUCACGAAGAAAAGCGCAAAAGACAAGCUAAAGGAAGUUUGCAUUACACCCCUAGAGAAAUUUGCAGGGUCCGAUAUGCCGCAUGUUACAGUUUCCACAAAGGGAACCCACCACGAGGAGACGCUGGCCAAUUUGAUCCGAACCACUGAAGAACUCGUUUGUAAGCAUAUCGGGACCGACGCGUCUGUGAUGACGUCCGUCGCUCAGCGAGUGGAUCCUGGUCUCAAAAUAAAGGCAUCAAUAGAAGUUGGCAAGAGAAAAUACUGGAAGGCGCUCGCAUCAAGCGCACCAUUCAAGAACCGUUCAAUGUGGGACUGUUUGCACGUGCUUCACACUGACAUCGUCAAUGUAUGGAACUUUCAAGACCCUGAUGGUCACUUGUGUAGCCCAGAGUUUAGGACAAUAAUGACGAAGAUGGUCGAUGAGCUGGACGUUGGACCCACUGCUGAUCCCAACAAGAACCUUGCAUUUGGGCUCUCCAUUGUGGGUACUAUUGCGGGCAUCCUGUCUGCCUUGGCCGGACCUGCCGCCCCCAUCGUAGUGCCGAUAGUGGCGAGUGUUGUGGUUGCGAACUGGGUUUACGAGGUGUAUCAGCGGUCCCGUUCGGCGCUCCAACGCUUCAUGAAAUACAUGAUCGACUUGACUCUUGUGUUGCAGACGCUGUAUCUUGUGUCUGAAAACCAGAAGCUGUCUCGUAGAGCCAUCAAACUUGCGGUCAAGUCCUACCACGGCUCACCAAUGAGCGGAACAGUCCAUGAUAGGAUUCAGCAGUACGAUAAGCAAUCGACCUUCCUAGAACGUGCGGACCGCGAUUCAUUGGAUCAAUUCGUCAAGCUACUACAAUCAUAUAACAUUAGUGCAGAGAAAUGCCGGUCUUCGGGGCAAACUUCCCACUGUGGAUUUAUUAUUGGAUGAACCAUGGGACGCGAAGUCUUAGUACUUGAUUCUUUCUUGUGUGUAUUAUUUUGUGUGUUUGCUGGUGUCUGAAUUUUGGAGUACCUGAGGGAAUCGUGACGUGUCUUCACUCGCACUAUGUAAUUGGAGUUAUAGUUGGCCUGUGCUACUGUACUUUGCCUCCCUGAUGUUCAUCAGGGAAACGUAAUUCAUUACACAUGAUUACAGAGUGCUACAGAGCGCUCUGAGCAUUCUGUAGCACGAUCUCACGCGCUGAUG